GCAUUGAGCCGUAAUUGAAUCAAGAGGGCGUUUAAUCGACAGGAGGGAAGGGCUCAGUGCAGUGCGUUUGGAUGCUCAUUUAUGAGUAUGGUAAAAGUAAGUCUGGAAUAAUGGAUGUUGCCUGCAAUGUUUCUAAUGAACCCUCAGAACAAUAAGAUAUCCUCUGGGGAGAGAAGAGGAUUCUCACUGCAAGCCCCUUGUUGUAAACUAAAACACAAGAAGUUCCCCCUCAGUAUGAGGAAGAACUUCUUGACAUGGAGAGUGGCAGGGCGCUGGCACAGGCUGCCCAGGCAGGUCCUGGAUUCUCCCUCCUUAGGAACAUUCCAGACCUACAGGAACACGUUCUGUGUCACCUCCAUUUGACCCUUCCUUGGAAACAGUUUGGACUGGAUAAUUUCCAGAGAUCCCUCCCAGCCCUAAUGAUUCUGUGAUUCCGUUUGUUUUAUUUACGGAGUUGCUGCCUUUCCCAGUGCCGCUGGCUGAGCUGUCACUGAUGAACAAGUUGAUCCACACGUCCCUGGUGGAGUCCCAGCAGCACGUGGAGAUCCUGCAGCGAGACCCCAGCUCCCCACUCUUUUCCAUCAAGACCUUUGAGGAGCUGCCCCUGAAGAAGGAGCUCCUGCAGGGGGUUUAUAUGAUGGGCUUCAACAGACCAUCCAAAAUCCAGGAGCAGGCCCUGCCCCUCAUGCUGGCUUACCCGCCCCAAAAUCUGAUUGCCCAGAGCCAGUCAGGGACAGGGAAAACAGCAGCUUUUGUCUUGGCCAUGUUGAGCAGAGCCAGUGCCAGCGAGAAAUAUCCGCAGUGCCUGUGCCUGGCUCCCACCUACGAGCUGGCCCUGCAGAUCGGGCAGGUGGUGCGCGCCAUCGGCAAGUUCUGCACGGACAUCAAGGUGAACUACGCUGUCCGGGGAAACCGAGUUCUGAAGGGCACAGUGCUGGAGGAGCAGAUCAUCAUCGGAACUCCGGGCACCACCCUGGACUGGUGCUUCAAACAACGCAUCCUGGACCUGACAAAGAUCUCCUUGUUCGUGCUGGAUGAGGCUGACAUCAUGAUCGACACGCAGGGCCUCUCCUGUCAGAGCAUCCGCAUCCACAGGGCUCUUCCCAAGAGCUGCCAAGUGCUGCUGUUCUCAGCCACUUACAAGGAGCCUGUUCGGGCCUUUGCUGAGCGGAUCAUCCCCGACCCCAUCGUGAUCAAGCUGCGGGAGGAGGAGCUCACCCUGAGCAACAUCAGGCAGUACUUCAUGGUGUGCCAGAGCUCAGACGAGCAGUACAAGGCCCUCUGCAACCUCUAUGGCAGCUUCACCAUCGGUCAGGUCAUGAUCUUCUGCCAGACCAGGAGGAUGGCAGACUGGCUGUCGGGGAAGAUGAGCCGGGACGGGCACCAAGUGGCCAUCCUGACAGCAGAGCUGACGGUGGUGCAGCGGGCCAGCGUCAUCCAGCGCUUCCGUGAGGGCAAGGAGAAGGUCCUGAUCGCCACCAACGUCUGUGCCAGAGGCAUCGAUGUGCAGCAGGUGACCACGGUGGUGAACUUUGGGCUGCCCAUGGAUCAGGACGGCGAGCCGGACUUUGAGACCUACCUGCACCGCAUCGGGCGGGCCGGGCGCUUCGGGCACCGCGGCAUCGCCUUCAGCGUGGUGCAGAGGGAGACCGUGCCCCUCGUGCACAGGAUUGAGGAGUAUUUCCGGGACCGGGUGCCCCAGCUCAGCUCAGCCCUGGCUGUGGGAGAGGAGAUGGCAGCUGUGGAAAUCUUUCCUGAGUGGAAAUUGAUUGUAACUUGCUAACAUCAAGAGGAUUUUCAUGGGAUUUGCCAGAUGCCAGGGCUGCACUGAUGGUUUUUUGAAUCCCAGCGCCUGUUAUCCCUGUGAUUUUUAGAGGAAAGAAGGUUAUAGAAGCCUUCUGAUGGGCAGGAAACUGUGUCCAUUCCACAUCUCCAGCCUCAGAGCCACUCAGCCCUCUUGGUUCUUUCAAAUACUCACCUGUCCUUGGAACCUGGAGUGAGCCUGAGGCAGACACCAGGCAGAGGAGGCACCAGCCACACAUUCUGGCAGAGAUUGUUGCUGUGGAGUAGAAGCAGUGAACAGCUGGAACAGCUGCCUUGUGGAUGAGCCCAACCACAGCCACGGGCAGCAGGAGCCAGUGUGAGGAUGAACCCCCAGCAAUCUGACUUGUGCUUUUCAUGUUGUGGUGCUGCACUUGGAGGGUGCAGACCCUCCCUGUCCUGUGUGGCUGGGGAGGUGGGAACAGGGAGUGGGGGCACAUCAGGGGCUGAGCUCUGUGCUGCUGCUGCUGCUCUGAUCCAGCUCCCCUCCUGCUUUGUGCCAGCUGAUUUCCCUGCUGACCCCAUUUCCCCUGUGUGACCGUGUUCAUGGGGGGCUGAGGAUGAGGGAGGAGAUGAGGAUCUGACUCCAUGUUUCAGAAGGCUGAUUUAUUAUUUUAUUAUAUGUAUUAUAUUAAAACUAUACUAAAAUAAUAGAAGAAAGGAUUUCAUCAGAAGGCUGGCUAAGAAUAGAAAAAGAAAGAAUGAUGACAAAGGCUUGUGGCUCGGACAGAGAAUCUGAGCCAGCUGACUGUGAUUGGCCAUUAAUUAGAAACAACCACAUGAGACCAAUCACAGAUGCACCUGUUGCAUUCCACAGCAGCAGAUAAUCAAUGUUUACAUUUUUUUCCUGAGGCCUCCCAGCUUCUCAGGAAGAAAACUCCUAAGGAAAGGAUUUUUCAUGAAAGAUGUCUGACACCCCUGCACUUUCCCAGCUGGUUUCCCUGCUGCAGUGAGCACUCAGGAGCUUCCCAGCUGGCGUGGGGCACUCAGGUGGCACGGACAGUGCUCAGGGGAGCGAGCUCUGCACUCACAUCCCAUCAAUUGCUCUUUCCUUCCUACAGAGACCACGAUCAAGCAGCUGGAUCCCUACGACAUGGACGAGCUGGAGAAGCUUGCAGCUGAGUGAGGAGCAGGGAUUCGUUCUCC